UAACCUUUUAUCCAUGAUUUCUCUUCUUGAAAGGUCACCCCACUUGUUCUCUUUCUUCCCACUAUCGAUAGGCCCUUCAAACUCAUCAUUUCGAAUCCUUCUUUUCUACUAAAAAUAUUUAAAAUUCAAAAUAAAUUUCAAUAACAUAAACAGAUUCACCAACUCUUUCUCCCUAUAUGUAAAGUACUGUAAGGAGGAGUUAUUCUACAUUUUGACCUAACAAAAUGACAUCAAAUCUUAAAGCCCUUGACUGUACACUAAGGUUGUUUGUCAUUCCUUUGUCUAUUGCCUCCAUUUGGCUUUCUAUCACCAAUCAACAGAACAAUAGCAGUUAUGGGAAGCUGGAAUUCACCAAUUUCACAGGACUCAAGUACAUGGUUACCAUUAGUGCUGCAUCAGGUGGAUAUGCUCUGCUUACUGCUAUAGCUUUGUGGGUCAGGGGUUUAGUCACUAAAGCAUGGGUUUUCUUUGUUUCUGAUCAGCUUGUAGCAUACUUAAUGGUUACAUCAUUGGCUGCAAUUUGGGAAAUUCUUUACUUAGCCUACAAUGGUGACCAAAUGGUGUCAUGGAGUGAAGGUUGCACUUCUUUUGGAAAAUUCUGCAGUAGAUUGAAGCUGGUUUUGGUUCUUCAUGCCAUCACCCUUUGUUGUUUUCUUGCUUUAGCUGUGAUUUCAGCUUAUAGAGUCUUUAGCAGAUUCCAGCCUCCUAGUAAAGACAAUGAAGAAGAAAAGGAAAUGCACUAAUUAAAUUUUAGGCAUAAGAUACACCAUUUCCAGCCUCCUAGUAAACACCCUAUGACCAUGAGAUAUUUUCUCUUCUUGGUUCAGUUAUAGAAUCCUGCAAGGCCCUAAUUCCAUCUCCAAGGUUCUGCAUUUUUGUUAAAGAAGCAGCUCUUACUAGCUAUUUGAAUACUUAUGUUGAAACAUGA